CGGGUGGCGCUAAACACAUACGUUUGUUUGCCAAACACCAUUAAACCUCAGAAGAAGAAGAUUCGCGUCAGCGAGCUCUCUGUUGUUUUGUUGUGAUGCUGGUUUAAUACAAACGGUUGGAAAUGUUGUUUCUGUAAAUACAUACCGUUUUUGAAUCAGGUCAGUAAAUAGCUGUAAUAUUCUCAUCCUCAAAAUCGUGACUAAGUUUUGAAUUAAGCAGGAAUAAUAUCUGUAGGAGAAUCAUCUGAACUGAGAUCUGCUGCUGUGAAGAUGAUGUUUGUUAAAGAGGAGAGUGAAGAGAACACGAGUGAACCAGAAACCUGGAGAAUAAAACACGAGGAACCAGAAACCUGGAGAAUAAAACAAGAGGAACCAGAAACCUGGAGAAUAAAACAUGAGGAACCAGAAACCUGCCGAAUAAAACAAGAUGAACCAGAAACCUGGAGAAUUAAACAAGAGGAACCAGAAACCUGGAGAAUAAAACACGAGGAACCAGAAACCUGGAGAAUAACUCAGGAGGAACAAGGCCUGAUGAAGAUUAAAGAAGAAAGACAAGAUCUGAAUGAGGUGGAGGAGAAAUAUCAGGAUCAGAAAGACCAUGCCAACAAUGGAGAAAAAUCAGUGAGUUGCAGCAUUAAAACAACAGAAGUCAAGAGGCCUUUCAUCUGCUCUCAGUGUGGAAACACUUUCACUUGUAAAAGAAAUCUUAAGGAUCACAUGUUACUUCAUGCUGGAAUAAAGCCUUUCAGCUGCUCUCAGUGUGAAAAGAGUUUUACACAGAAAGCAAGCUUAAAGAAUCACAUGCUAAUUCAUACCGGGACGAAGCCUUUCAGCUGCUCUCAGUGUGGAAAGAGCUUCAUAUGUAACAGAAAUCUUAAGUAUCACAUGUUAAUUCAUGCUGGAAUAAAGCCUUUCAACUGCUCUCAGUGUGAAAAGAGUUUUACACAGAAAGCAAGCUUAAAGAAUCACAUGUUAAUUCAUGCUGGGAUAAAGCCUUUCAGCUGCUCUCAGUGUGGAAAGAGUUUUACACAGAAAUCAAGCCUUAAGGAUCACAUGUUAAUUCAUGCUGGGAUAAAGCCUUUCAGCUGCUCUGAGUGUGGAAAGAGUUUUACACUGAAAGUUAAUCUUGAAAAGCACAUGUUAAUUCAUGCUGGGAUAAAGAUGUUCAUCUGCUCUGAGUGUGGAAAGAGUUUUACACAUAACGUAUGUCUUAAGAGGCACAUGUUAAUUCAUACUGGGAUAAAGCCUUUCUCCUGCUCUCAGUGUGGAAAUAGUUUUACAUAUGAAUCAAGUCUUAAGAGGCACAUGUUAACUCAUAAUGCGAAAAAGUCUUUCUCCUGCUCUCAAUGUGGAAAGACUUUUACACAAGAAGGACAACUUAAGACUCAUUUGGUAAGUCACUCUUGAUAAAAGCCUUUCACCUGCUCUCAGUGUGGAAAGUAUUUGUCACGUAAGAGGUACCUUGAGACUCAAGUGUUAAAGGGGUCAUCGGAUGUCCAUUUUCCACAAGUUUAUAUGAUUAUUUAGGGACUUAAUAAAAAGAGCUCUGAUCACCCCUUCUCUCGCUCCAGUUUGGUGACAAGCCACUCUAAUGAGACCAUAAACUUUUGCCACAUUUAGCUGCAGAGCUUGAUAACUAGGACAUUAUUAGGAAAAGCAAUUUGCAAAGAUUAAUUUAAAAUAAAUUACAAAUUACACGUAGUCAAACAGACAGUGAACAGUUUUAACUGCAAUGAUAAUAUGUUGAGAUUAAACUUUGUGAUUGCGAAUAAACAUUGUGAUUAAGCAAAAAAUUUUAGUUUUAUAUGUUGUUCCAAGGUUAGUAUCAUCUGAAGUCUUCUGGAGAUUGGCAUCAUCUCUGCUCAUCAGGGAUGGGUACAGAGAACCAGUAUUUUUUGAAUUGGUAUGUAAUUGGGUUGAUAUUGGAAUAUGGAUAAGCUUCAAGACGAACGAUAAUGUUAUUGAUACUUGCGUUGUUUUAUCUCUGUAUACUUCAAUGUUAAUGGUGAAUUCGAAGCUGCUGCCUGUCAUUUCCCUUCACUGAAUGAUGUGGCCAAUGUUUGCUCAACGUGCAUGUGAUAUCCAUGAUGCAUGUGCUGUUUGCGUGCGAUCAGAAGAAAAAAAACAGCAACUGUUUAGUUUUCCACAUUCUUCAAAAUAACUUUUUAUCUCCAACAGAAGAAAGAAACUCAUUCAGGUUUAAAAUUAACUUGAGUAAAUGAGAGUGAGUAAAUGAUGAAACAAUUUUCAUUUUUGGGUAUCAAUAUCUAUAACAUGUAAACUAUACCCAUCCCUACUUCUCAGGUGUUUGGUCAUUUCAAAUAUUCGUAAGGAUUGGAUCCAGACUGAAGCUUGUCUAAUUCCUAGUUGCCUCGGCAUGCAAGUCCCGUGACAGAGAUGGAAGCAAACAGCGACAAAAUUAGUGUAGCAGCUCUUCCAACCAAGCAAAGAUGGUGUGUUCCACCCAAGCAAAAGAAUGAAAAUGUGCAUUUGAUCAGCUAUAGCUUGCUAAAAAUCUCUCUUUAAUCUAGAUUUAAAUCGAGAGAGUGUGUCUGAACCCUGAACGUUAUUGGAUCUAUUAUAACAUCCAAUAGCUGUACUCCUCAAUCGCUUAGGUGACAUUUUGUCUGUUCCUGCUCCGGCCUCGAAACAAUGGCAAUGUGUCAGUCAACAGUCGUGGGAUAAACCUGGGUCUGUAUGACAUCACACAGCCAAGAAUUUAUAAAUGGCUUGAUCUGAGAAACUGGUUAUGAUUUAUGGUGAUUCUAAAAAAACACAUUGGGUGGAUUGUUAUCAUUAUAGGGUGGUUGUGUACACACACUGCCAAGACGCAUUUCAAUUCAAACAAUAUGUAAGAGCAUCCGAUGACACCUUUAAACUUAUUAUUCAUUGUAUCAACAAUGUGGUGUAUCAGAGCAAAUCAGAAAAUGUAAGAUUCAAACAGAACCGUGUUUAAACACAAGCCCCUUUCACACUGCAUGUUGGACCCUGACAAUUGUUGGAACAUUGCCGGAUCACCUUCUGUUUUGAAAGCAAACAUGUUCCGGGAUUGAUUGAUUGAUAAGUGAAAGUUAACGUGCCUAGCGUUAUCGACUUGUGCAUUACACGUCACAUCCUGAUGUCCCACAUCAUUACGGGACCUCUACGAGUUGAGUGAACACAUGCACACAUUCCU